GGCCUCAUUAUGGAUUUGAAAUGGCCACAUCUUGGAAUGGCUUUCUUUAUAAUUGUCUCCAUCACCAUGACUUGCUGUUUUGUGUGGCAGUACAAACUUCCAAAGAAAGACAGCGAUGAAUUUAGCUUGUCCAAUGAGCCUAAACCAGUUCAGAUAUGCCCCAGGCAUCCCAAGCCUGUGACAUUGGUGCACCCUGUGCCGAUUCUAAAAGAAGCUCUUGAAAAGGUUGACUUUCUGUUACGCCAUCAAAUACACACAAUGAGUCUGCCAUCCAUUUCAGCCAUUGUAAUAUAUAAUGAUACUGUGCUGUGGACUGGAAAUUUUGGGAAAAGAAAUGCAUCUGACGAGUUUUCACCCCCGCCAAAUGAAUAUACUAUUUACAGGAUUGCGAGCAUUUCCAAGAUAUUCCCUGCGAUAAUGCUGUACAAACUCUGGCAGGAAGGAAAAAUUACAUCUCUGGAUGACCCACUGACAAAAUACGUCAAAAACUUUACAGUUAAAAACCCACUGGGAAACACAAAAGAACGAGAACAUAUACAUGAGGCAAAAGGCCUGGUAUUUCGUGAGAGAGGGGAAGCCGCUACAAGAGUAUCAUCUGUGACAUUGAAACGGAUGGCCAGCCAGCUGUCGGGGCUACCCAGGCGACUCAGGUCAACAAGUCUGCUCUGGGAUGGGGAUACCGAAAUGGCACUGAAUCUUCUGCAGGACGAUUUACUUGUUGCGGAUCCUGGCACAAGAUGCCAUUACAGUAAUUUGGCAUUUUCCCUCCUGGCUCACGUUCUAGCCAAAAAAGUUGCUGGGUCAGAGUAUCAGCACUGGAUUACUGAGAAUAUUUUAACGAAAAUAGGAAUGGAGCACACUGGAUUUGAGUUUACACACUCAGUCCGUUCCCAGCUAGCUGUCGGUGUUUACAGCAAUGGUCAACCAGCGCAGCUAUAUGACCUUGGUUGGUACCGACCCUCUGGCCAAAUGUAUUCAACCACUGCGGACCUGGCUAAAUUGGCUAUGGUGCUUUUGGGAGCUGUUCACAGACAUCUUCUGCAGCCUGACACCAUUAAAAUGAUGCUCACUCCAGUAUUCAGGUGCUCCGAGGAUUACUUUGCUAGCAAAACAGGAACGCCAUGGGAAAUUGAUGAACUGUUUGGAUAUGACAUCAUUAAAAAAGAAGGUGACUUGGAUGGUUACUCAGCUACGUUCUCCUUGGUCCCUAAACUUAAACUGGGAUUCAUUAUUUUGAUGUCAGGUGCCCGACCCCAAGAGAAGGACUUGACUACAGGUGUUUAUAAUUAUCUAAUACCUGCAAUGGAGUCUGCAUUUCGACAAAGCAACAGGGUUCUUUCUCCACCUCCCCGCUCUAAGCCUUAUGUCGGUUACUACACGUUUGCAAACUUGACCUUUUACGAGAUAAAGAAGGACAAGAAUGGAGUAUUAGUGAUGCAGCAAUUUGGCCCUCAUAUUGAAAAGUUGAUACCCGAGAGAUACAGGACUAUCAAGCUAUGUUAUUUAGAAGAGAGGGUGUUUCAAAUUGUAUUUGAAAAAGAAUACCCAUGUGUCUUGAAAUUCAGCACAGCUUCAGUGUCACUUGAAGCUCAAGAUGGACAACUGUUUAAUUUCUUUCAGUUCAAUAGGAAAGGCCUAUCUACUGGUUUUGAUGCUCCGGGUCUUAAUACAUACAAUAUCCUCCGCAUAAACCAAAAACCGAAAUUUUGAGAAUUGACAAACAGAUUGUUGGAGCUGAAAGCAAAAUGCUGCAGAUGCUGUAAAUCUGAAAUAAAAACAAAAAGUGCUAGUAACACUCAGCAGGUCUGGCAGCAUCUGUAGAGAGAGAGAAACGGGGUUAACGUUUCGAGUCCGUAUGACUCUCCUUCAGAUUGUGGAGCUAUUUUAGGAACAUUUAAAAAGCUACUUUUUAUAGAGUUAAGAACCUUAGAAGUUCUGGAACAAGGAAAAGGCCAAUUGGUCAAUCAAAUCUUCUCCUUGCAGAGACCAUCUAUGAUUACACUCUCAUGAGCUACCACCAAAAGUUGAUCCCUACUUAAUGGAACACUAUGGCUGGGAAUUUCCUUGGAGAUGCUCCCACUCCCCUGGCGUGAUCCCUGGUUACGACUUGGGGAUGGAACAGCAGCAACUCUGAAGAAACACGGGUUGGGAAUUUCCUUAGUUUCCUCCUCAAAAAAUGCUGUUAAAGUUUCAAUAACCUUCAAGCAUCCUUCUCAAACAGCCAUCAAUCUGGUUUGCUUUUCAAUGAGUCACUUGGUGCAGAAUCAACUACCAUCUCUGGGAGUCUGUUGGAAGCAGACAGCGAAUGAACACUCCCAAUAAGCAUACCCUUUCUUUUUGUGCUUUUCUCUUAAUGUUAUUUUGUUCUGCGAGAUAGUUCAGGAUACAUGGUAAAAUAGUGAAGCUUGAUUUUAAAUACCGGUCCUUUGUGUAUCUUUGAAUAAAUGAGAAUCCAGUUGUGCUGCUGCUCCUUCUUGUAACGGUCAGCACAUUUUCAUUCUAAUCAUCAGACUAACAGUAAUUUCCUUCAGUACUUCACAAGCAGCAAGCAACUUUGCUGUAUAUAUCUUAGCAACACACUAAUAUAGAAAUGGUUUGAGCAAGAGAUCAUUGUCUGCUGAUCUAGCCUCCCCUUCCAAACCUCCAGUCAGACUUAGUUACUGUGAUUCUAUAACUAAUUAUCCUGCAUCCUGAUUGCUAACUAGAAUUCACAUUUGCAAAUCAAGGUUUGGUUUAACAUCGAACCAGGUGGUGAACAACUGGUCUCCUUGAUGAAUACACAGUGGAAGGGACAGGAAAAUCCAUCAUCAAUGUCAACAGGAAUUCAUCCAAUUAUUCUUUAAGCCCGACAUGGUUUACUGUUCAGCUCUGCUAGUAAGCCUGCCUAAAUUUCUACCACUCUCCUACUAAAAGUAACGUGGCCUAACUUCUUUUGAUACCUUUAACAUUAAAUUGUGUUCCCUAAUCCCUAAUUUCUGUGCUUGACAGCAGAAGUUUUACAGUUCUAAUUUCUUUGUAUCCUUGGAAAUUUUAAGGACUUUAUCAAGUCCUCACACAUUCUCCUCUCUGCAGGAGAGUAAAAACAUCAAAUAGCCAAUUUUCCUCACAGGACUGGCUCUCUAAGUUCAGAAAUCAAUCCUCCCUCUGGAUUUCCUCUAAUAACUCUAUAUCUUUUGCACGAUAUGGAGACCAAAACUGAAUAAAGUACUUCAGAUGAAAUCCCACCAAGCAUAUAUAAAACAGUCUGCACUAUCCAAACAUUUUACUUGAUAUCUUUACUGCCUGCGCAUACUGAAUUGAGGAUUUUAACAGCCUAAAUUUUAAAAAUGAACUUGUAUUUAUAUAGCGCCUUUCACAUCCUCAGAAUAUUACAGCCGAUUAAGUAAUCAGAUAUGUAGCCACUGUUAUAAUGUAAUCACAAUCCACAAAACCUAUACUGGUUUCCUACUCCAUUACCUCAAAUAUAUUAGUGUUAAAUAUGUAGUUCUACACUGUUUUUCUGCUUAGUCAUAACUUUACAUUUUUCUCUAUUAAGCUCCAUUUUCCAUCUCUUCUGUCCAUUGAUCCAACUUGUCCAGCUCCCUUUUAAUAUCAAACAGAGGUUUUCAUCAUUGACCAUUGUGCACAGUUCAGUGUUGUUUGCAACCAUGGAUAACUUGGAAAUGCCCGCUUUUCUCAGUCGCUUAUAUAAAAGUUACAAACAACUCCCUACACGCCACUACUCUACUGUCCACUCUCCAACCAUGCACCAAUCCAGCCUAAUAAUUAACCCAUGACUUUGGACAUUGUCUGCUAUGUAAAAUGCUGUCCAAUAGUUGCAGGUAAAGAAUUAACAGCUGGUGGGAAUGUGAAUUAGAACGGCAUUCACCUUCUGUAGCAAUACAUAAUUGCGUGGUGUGUCAGCCUUUUCACCUGAACACAUUUUGCAGUGUUGUUUGCUGCUACAAAAUGAUUAAUGGACCCCCUCUGUGUUGCUUUUGCUAAGCAAAAGUGGAGAUUUUGCAGGAUAUUGAAAUGGUGCUGAAAGUAGUCAGAGAUUUGGUGAAACAUUUCAAAACUCCACAGUCCACAUUUUCCAACCCUGCUAAUCAACAAGGUCUAAAAUUACGAAUGUUUGUCUGACCAACCAGAACCAGGACUCAACGGUGAAGACUAGAUGGUGAUUUUACAAUACUAUGCUGGACACACAAUGCCACUUCAGACACAUUGUUCUUAACACUGUUAUUUCAUUCUCCAAUGUGGUUAUGCCAUCUUUAGUGU